AACCAACCGCUAAUACUGUUCUCCUUCGCACACACAUUGCAUUGUGGCAAUAAAAUUCAGAGCAAUGGUAUUCUUCGACAUAUCUGGGAAAACUGUGAAUGCCGCAGUUUUUCGCGUUUUCGAUGAGUUCUUGCAGCUGGCGGCACCAACGCGUUUGAUGCAGAAUGAAAAUAUUAGUGAAAGCAGAAAAAAGCGAACGUAGCGGUAAAUAGGUGCGGAACCGAGUCGGGUGAAGCAGAACAGCAAAGAAAAUAAGUUCGGAUAUUUCUACAUUUAUUAACGCAUUCGCUUGGUUUGUCAUUUUUAGUUUGGUGCUGGAGUAAUGAAAAUUACAAAAAGUUCAUUUGAAAAAAAAAAAACACAAAAGGAAGAAAAAUGUUGAACAUUAGCUAGUGUGUGUGUGUAGGUGUAUAUAUGCAAAAUUCCUGACAGGGAAAUCUAUUGAAGGCAGGCGCAACAAAAAGUAGGUGACUGUUGUUGCAGAAACAUCAAGGGACAAGGGUGAGCAAGAAUUUACUCGAGUGUGUGUGAGAAGAAAGUGGAGGAGGAGCGGAUGCGUGUGCUUUCGAUUUACGUAGCGUUGGUGUCAAAGUGUUUUAUUUUUGGAUAAAAUAAAAAUAUAAAAAAAAAUUUAGAAAUACCAAAUAUUGAGAGAGAUAAGAAAAAACUUGGCCUUUGCGAUUUUGCUGGCAAAAGAGCAGCACAAGGCAACGAACUUGUGAAAUGAACUGAUUAAACAAAUGCCUCGGGCUAGAUUUAGUGAGUUUUGAGAAAUUUAUUUUGUUUUUUUUUGAAAGAAAAUCUAGUUGCAAACGUGAAAAGAAGCAGUGAAUAUAAAAUGGAAACAGAAAGGUUACGUAUCACGCUCAGCAAUCCGGAAAAGUUGUAUACAGCAGGCGAAACAAUAAAAGGCGAAGUUUGUGUUAAUUUAACCAAGCGCACAAAGAUACGUGCAAUAAAAGUCCAAAUUACCGGCAAAGGGAAAUGCAAAUGGAUGGAAAUAUUACGUAAAAAUUCCAACAAUGAAUCUGCGCGGAGCCUCUUCUACUCCGGCAAGGAAAUUUAUGCGCACGACGAACAUACACUGCCAGUCUUCGAGCCGCGUGGAAUUGAACUGAGCCCCGGAGAGCAUACUUUCGAAUUUAGUAUACCGCUGAGUUUGUAUUUACCCUCUAGUUUCAAAGGUAGCUACGGUUCCAUCAAGUAUAAAUUGCGUGUACUUAUCCAGAGGCCAUGGACCUUCGACGAGCGUUACAUAAUACCACUAUCGAUUUUGAAACAUAUGCCGCUCUCACCUUGUUAUCGCUUGAAUCCCACUGCGUUGGAGAAGCAAAUCACAAAGACUAUCAGCCUUUUUGGCACGCGUCCUAUUACAAUGGUGGCAUUGCUGCCGGAAGACUCAGCAGUGCGCGGCGAACCAUUGCGCAUUUGUGCUACUGUUACAAACAAUAGUACAACAAAUGUGGAAAAGUUGCGUUUUACUGUACUACAGUACAUUUUUUAUUAUAGCCAUGUACCGUUAAGAGUGCAGAAAAUGGAGUGCCUGACGAUUGCCAAUAAAGAGACUGGUGCAGUGCACAAAAAAAGUGAACGUUCCUUUGCGCAUGAGUUAAUGAUUCCACAUACGGCGCAACCGUCAGACGAGUUACUAAGUGGAGUUAUAAAUAUUUCGUAUGAAUUGCGCGUCGAAGCUGUGCUACGUGGUUUCUUUAAGAAUCUCACACUUAAUUUGCCCUUUAAGAUUUAUUCACGUGGUACUGGUGGUGUGCUUAAUAAUCUUUCUGGUGCUCCACCACGCCCACCUCCGCGUUGUGGUAAUCGUAAUAGCGUAAGUGUUGGUAUGGUAGCUAAUAUAACGGCUAGUGAAGCAGGCAAUCCAUUUGAGAAUAAUGCAACAACAUUGACUGUUGCAACUUAUCCCUCACUCGAGUCAUCAAUCGGUUCGCCGUCACACUCAUCGCAAUAUAGCGAAUCCAGUUCAGUACAUUCAAUUACAUCUGAUUCCUCUGCGGCCACGCUCAGUCCGGCUGUAUGCGCUGCAGAGCCCUCCUAUGCUUCAGCACAAGUGCCACAAUAUCCGCCGCUCUCGGAAUCGCCUGGUUAUUCAUUGAUGCAUUUGCCAGCCGGCGUUUCGCCGCCGACGGAACCCACGACAGCUGCACUGCUGCGUCAAGAGUCUUCCACGUCGUCCACGUCAGCUGCAGCGAGAACAUCAUUUUUGCAUGGGUUGCAACCGCCUGGAGCACAUGAACUGCCACCUUCUUAUGAAGAACUCUUCGGCUCCGCGACUGCGCCACCCGCAUCAUCCAAAUGACAUCGUGAUUACUUCUAAUCGAAAGCUUAGCGCAUUUUUGAAAUAUCUUCACUAAACACCUAAAGCUGUACUGUAAGGCGCCAAAAGUUACUAAACCCACCCAGGAAUGAAAAGCAUAUGAAUUUGCGGGAUGUGCCCAUUUUUACUGUGGGCAAAACCAAAAAGCACUGAACAAAAAGCAAAACAGAAUGGAUUUUUGUGGUGCAACUAAGAAUAAUUGAAAAAAGUUGUGCAAACGCUAAUAGAGCUUACGAAGAAUUUUAUUUUUUAUUUUUGCAAUUAAAAAAUCUGCUUUGUUUAUGCAGAAAGUGAAUAAAAAAUCAUUGUAUGAAUUGUCGGUAGUAAGUAAGAUAAAGCCAAGGUAGUUUUAGGGUUUAUACCACUGACUAAGCAAUGCUUUUUGCACAAUAUUAUAGCACGAAAAAAUCUCAUUUCUGUGACUUAAAGCUUAUUACGAUAAUAUUUAGACAUUAAGCUGACUAUUCGAAUAUACGAAAAUCUCGUUAUUAAGAAACCUAAAUGCUCCAUUAUAAACUUUUGUAUUUUUUUUUUUUUAUAUUAAUUUUCAUUAAAACUCAAAAUACACAAACAAAAAAAACUUAGAGCUGACUAUGCACAUAUUUUGAAUUAGCAUAAUUUAUAUGGAAAAAUGUGUCCGUUAAAAAACCAUAUGCAUCAACACAAAUGGCUUAAGUUGAUAUAGAAAAAGUGAAAAAGUUUACAAAAAUGAAACAUUUACAUAUAUAAAUGUAAGCAAUACACCAAAAUGAUAAGAUAGAUAUAUUAAUUGAUUAUUAUACUAAUAUAAAUAAAUUAUAAUAAUAUACAUAUGUUACAUACAUAUUUGCAGUACUCAAAAUAGCACAAAUCGAAUUAUGCAACAGUGUGCACGAAAAAAAAAACGUAACUGAAAUUCCUAAGUAAAGUAAAAACAAGAAAAUCUUUAACAAAUAGAAAAGUUACAUGCAGAUUUACGUUAUUUUUAGAUACAAUAAUUACUUAUCAUUUUUCAGCGAAUAUGUAAAGGUGGAAUGUGCUGUUAGAAAAUUGUUUUGCUUUGAAAGACUAAAGUGAUCUUCGCGCUUAGUAAACUUCAAAUAAUUAUGCAGCAUUGGAAUAUCAUUGAGAGCCAAUUAAUUGCCAAGCUUGAGUAAGAAAAGGUCGACAAUGUUGAGAAUUUCAAUGGAAAAUUUCAGGCAUACAAAUAUGUACUUAGUCCUGCCACAAGUUCUGUUACAAGUCAAGUCCAUUAUAGAUAUGAAAUUAUAAUACUUCUUUAAUGAAUUUAUUUUUAUUUUAUCAUGUAAAUAUUAAAGAAAAAAAUCAAUUUUCAUUCGAAAUGAUCCCAUUAGCUUUUACACAAAUCGUCAACCGAUUAGGCCAUUCACUUAUUGCAACAUGCAUGGUUUCCAUGAAUAUUGACGUCACUGCUCGAACCAAAGAUGGUUUGAUGGAGAGUCUCAAGAUGGAGAGUCUCAAUUUAUGUGAGGCCUUCGAUAGGCCAUCUUUUCCAAUUCUUACCACAAACCGUAGUCCAGUGGAUUCUUCUGCGGCUAUGAAUAUUGUUUUUUAGCCACUACUGGGUGGUUUUUGCCUUAUGGGCUGGAGCGGAUUCUUGCUGGAAAAUCCUAUGCUCUUCAUUGUCGAGAGUACUGCUCCACUGCUUCACCACGUCUUCUAAGACAUCUUUCUGGUACACUUUCGCCCCGGUCAUAGCCCCUCUUUUGCAGAAAUGAAGAGUUGUAACGAAUUUACAAGGCACUCUCCACAAAACCAUUACAGAGGUUGGAUGGUGGCCACGCUGAACACUUGGAACAACAUUUUUUGCGUCUUUAGAAGUUUUAGCUAGAUUUUGCCGUUUUUUUUUUUCUUAAAAACUUUUUCAACGGUGGAAAUUUUCUCAUCUGGGAAAAUAAUAUUUUCAUGGCCGAUGACCGGGUGCCACCGAAGAAACUGCUUGCAGUUAUCGAGUCUAAUUUUCUUCAGUUGAGCGACGCAAGGCUUUCAUAUGGAGGUCAUUUCUAUAAUUAGUCUUAACAUGGAUCUGGUCAAUACAUUCAUUUCCGUGGACUUGAUUUUCUGCUUUUUAAAGGGAUUUCUGCGAAUUCUUUCUCGAACGGCCUUCAUGAUUGCUCUGGUAUGAACCACGCGAGGUCGACCACUUCUUUUUCUAUCUGUCACUUCAGACGUUUGGUAAAAACUAUUGAUUGUGCGUUAAACAAACUUUCUCGAAAUAUUAAGUUUUUUCAGCAAUUCGUAAAUCUCGUUUGCACUUUUACCACGUCUUUGUAAUGCAAUCACUGCAAUGCGAUUUUCCUUAGCUUCCCCACUCCAUUGUUAACAAGCGAGAUUUGCCACGAAACUGGGUAUAAUUUAUGAGUAGACAAUGCAAACGAACAAAAGCAAAAAUAACGGAACUUUUCUGCGAAUUAGUUCUCGCCGUACCCAUUCUAAAAGUUGUCACAGAAUUUAUGGCAAGACUAGGUAUACAAAUUAUGCCCCUAAACAGGAAUGCAUUUUUGUUUUAAUUUAAUGAAAUAAUUUGUGUUUUUUGUUAUACCUCUAAAGAAGCCUUCCGUUUGCCUAAUCUACAUUUGUUAUUGUAUUUAACAAAUGCUUACUUAUAUAAAUUACACUGUGCGACAGUGAUUUUAUACUUUUAUGGAGACCUAGCACAACUUGUGGCUAUAGAAAAACUAAACAAAAUGGUGUAGGAGAAAUUUCCAAUACACCCCCAAAAUCUCAUUUUAUGGCCAUAAAACCGUUUUUCAGUAGGUUGAUGUGAAGAAUCACUCCUAACUUCGCCAAUUUCCAUCCGAUUUCGAAUUUGUUUUUUUAGUUCGAAAGAACAAAAACAAGCCUUUUUGACAGUGUGUUGACAAUUUUUCUGAUAUGACAACUGACGAGUCUGUAGGCGGAAGUAUUUGGAUUUUUUUUAUUUUUUCUCUAUUUUUUCAACUUUGACAUAAUUUUUACGAUAUUAUCCGAUAUUGAGGAUUUUUUAGUACACUACUGUUAUAGUAAAUUCAAUUUUGCGUCGAACGAGCUAUAUUUGACUGUAAUUGAAUUAAAAUUAAUAGAGUUGUGUGAGUUUUAAGAUUUUAUUUUAUUUUUUUACUAAUUUGGUAUGUAGGUAUAACUUACGCUAAAUGGGAAUAAGGACGUGUUUUGAUGCGUUAUUAGAUACGUAAUAUUUAUUGGAGUAUAUAUGUACUGUACUGCAUACAACAGAACUGGUUAAAACUUUCGAAAAUAUCUGACAUAUAAUAUUAUCACACAUUUUUCUUUUCAAUAGAAAUAUGAAAAAGCUCCCAAGUGUACCAAAGUUCACACUGUACAUUGAUUAACAAAAGAAGUUAUUAUAAUUUAAUCUUAUUAAAACGUCAAAGUUUUAUUGUUUGUUUCAUUGAAAUUCAAGAGAUAUAAAUCAAAACGUUGCCAGAAAAGUCGAAUUUCUCAAUAUUCUCCGAUGAUGUGGCAUCAUCAGCCUUAUUAUAAACCAGAUGAUUGUUAUUUUUAUAAAACGGACGUAAACGGUCAUCAUUAUAAAGCUCGAAAGCACAUAAAGUAUGCUGAUGUUGCAACUGUUACGAACCCCGUAGUCUUGGACGAUAUGAUUGACUCAACUGCAGGAACUGAAGGAAGUUCAACUCAUUGCUGAUGACGAUCAAACUGAUAACAAUAAACCUGAUGAUGAAGCAUACUUUCCGUCUGGUUCUAAGUCUUCAGAUCGACACAUUGUAUCAAACUUAGAUUUUCAGGACCCAAUUUGAAACGCUCGCUUCUCGAUUUAAACAAUAGAAUUUAGUUGAUGACGACUUCAGAUGAAUGAUGAUGAUCGAAUUUCAUACAGAGAAGUAUUCAAAAGUGAUGAAGAGAAUGACAAAUGUACCGUACCAUACUAAACUCCAAAGGGCCGUUUCCAAUGCAUUUUUAAGUUUGGAACCAGUUCCGUUGUGUACUGCACCGUUCCAUACCGUAAAGUGCUGCACUGCACAAUACUCCAAUAAAUAUUAUGUGUUUAUAAUGACACUUGUUAUCAUUUUCAUGCUUCGAUGCCUACAUACCAAAUUAGUAAAAAAAAGAUAAAAUCUUAAAACUUACACAACUCUAUUAAUUUUAAUUCAAUUACAGUCAAAUAUAGCUCAUUCAAGGCAAAAUUAAAUUUACUAUAACAGUAGUGUACUAAAAAAAAUCCUCAAUAUCGGAUAAUAUCGUAAAAAUUAUGUCAAAGUUGAAAAAAUAGAGAAAAAAUUUAAAAAAAUCCAAAUACUUCCGCCUACAGUCUCGUCAGUUGUCAUUUCAGAAAAAUUGUCAACACACUGUCAAAAAGGCUUGGUUUUGUUCUUUCGAACUAAAAAAACAAAUUCGAAAUCGGAUGGAAAUUGGCGAAGUUAGGAGUGAUUCUUCACAUCAACCUACUGAAAAACGGUUUUAUGGCCAUAAAAUGAGAUUUUGGGGGUGUAUUGGAAAUUUCUCCUAUAACAUUUUUUUAGUUUUUCUAUAGCCACAAGUUGUGCUAGGUCUCCAUAAAAGUAUAUUUAAUUUUUUUUUUUUGUCACACAGUGUUAUUUGUCAAAUAAUCGCUUAGAUAAUACAAUAUUAACAUCAAAAAACAGACUGCGCAGCGCAACAACUCCAAUACCAUAGUAGAUGAGCUCCAAAUAAUUUAUUUAUUUACAUCCAUUUAUAGUGAUGUAUCAUGUACAGUAUGUGAAAAAAAUAAACUACCAAUGUGGUUAUAUGUAUGAUAUAAUAUUUUUAGAAGAUAAUUUCGACUCAAAAUUUUUUUCACAUAAUUGUGACCAUUGAUAAUCACGCAAUGUGGCCAUUGUUACGAUAUUGCACUUUGCGAUUUUCACAUUUAUUUUCGGUAUUUUUUUAAUAAACAUUCAAAUAUUCAUAUAUUUUAUAACUUAUCACUUCACUUCAACAUUUAA